AUGUCUACUUCAUCUAAUAUUAAGGCUGUAUCAGCAGUUUCUCUACAUAAUUUAGCUCCACAGAAUAGUGAUUUUGCAUUGAAAAAUGUUAAAAUGUUAAUAGAGAAGUAUGGUUACAAUGUUUCUGAAAAAAGAAAUGAAGAUGGAAUGACAGCAUUACAUUUGGCAGCAAUAAGUGAUAAUCUUCCUAUGGUAAAAUUACUUCUACAUAUGGGAGCAGAUUAUAAUGUAGUUGAUGAUUUUGGUAGGACACCAAUAACAUUAGCGGCGGGUGAAAGUUAUUCAUAUUUACAAUCAUUAAUUAUUAAAUCAAAAAAAAAUGAUGGUAAUGAUAAUAAGAAAAAAAAUGGUAAAUUUUCAUUUAUUAGACAUUUUUUUAAUAGUAAAAAAAUGAAAAAAUUAUUUUCAAAAAGUGAUUUUCAAAAAACAAAUGAAGAUACAAAACAAGUGGAUAUUCAAACAGUGAAAACUGAUGAAAAUAAAAAAGAAGAUUAUUAUACUCCUAUUGUAAAAAAACAACCUCCAUUUAAUCCAAACUAUUUGUCAAGUAUUACUAAUAAAAUUGAAUCACCACCACCAGCUCUUCCACGUAAAGAUUAUGAGUCAAUAGACGAUGUGAUAAAUAAAAGUUACGAAGAUGACAUAAAAAAAGACGUUUCUAUGUUAUGUAACCAAUUAAAAGGUACAUUAUUAUUUGAUUUGGAAGAAAAAACUACUCAUAGACGAUACUCAAUAACUUUAAAAAAUUUUUCAAAUUUUAACAAUGAUGAUUUGAUAAAUGAAGCAACUAGAUUAGAUAAACUUUUAAAAGAGGAAAUGAAUAAUUUAAAUACACCAACUAAAAAGAAUAAGUCACCUAAUUAUUUUAAUUAUUUACUUUUGGAUCCUAAAGUAGUAAAUGCAAAUGAUUUUAUAGGAUUCAUUAAUAGUAUUUUCUAUGUUGGUAAGGGUACCAAUUCUCGUCCCAAAGCCCAUUUCAUAGAAACUGUAAAGAAAUAUGAGGAAAAUGAUUUACAAUGUGAAAAAAUUAAAAAAAUAUCUGAACUUUGGAAGAAUGGUACAGGUGUAAUAUCAUUACAGAUUAAUCAAAACGUUAUUGAAGCGGAAGCAUUGUCACGUGAGGCAGCUAUUAUAGAAGCGAUUAACAUUAACAAUUUGACUAACAAAAAAAAAGGAGAAUACCAUGGAGAAAUGAGUAAAUGGAGUGUACGGGAAAAAGAACUUUUAGGAUGUAUAUGUUUGAAAAAAGCCUUUCAUGUAUUUCAGAUUGAUGAACCACGACCAAUAUUUGAAUCUGACUUUAUUUCUAAAUAA